UCAGCGAGACGAUCAACAUCUCUGCUAUGUAAAGGAAAAAAAAAAAUAAAAAUUAUUUUUCGGAAAAAACGACAAAACCGCGAGUGCUGAAUAAUAGUAGUGCUUAAUAAUAAUAGUUUAACAGAUAAUCGGACUGCAGACAAUUUGCAGAUCUGCCAUCCGCAGUCUCUGGCUUUCAGGACAAUCGGAGCAGACCAGUUUCAUCAUUGAGCGAUAUGGAUUACGAAAUUAUUGAAUUCGUCAGACGGCAUAUAAGCCAUAUCGAUAUCAGUGCUGAAACCAGGAUGCGAUAUCCGGAUCCAAUUUCCAACAACAACUUUGAUUGGAACUCCAUUGGAUUGGGCGAACAGGAGGAUGCCAUUGGACAGGAUCAGCAGAGCCAGGCGCUAAACGAAAAUGCGAAUAAUGUAAGUCCGGAUGUACCUCCUUCGACAAUUGCAGAACCAACAUUGGAACCAUCAACCAUAGAGGGAAAUCAAGGACAAAAUCCAAGGAUAAUUUCGUCUAUGCCUGAUAUGAUGCCAAUGGCUAAUUCAUUCAAUCCACUCAUUAACAUAAAUCAGGAAGCGGGUGUGGUAAUUAACACAGGAAUAAAUUCAAUAGACAAUGGACUACCAAGUACAUACAGUGAACACAUAUCUCAGCCAACUAAUACAGAAUCUACAAGGAAUAUGAAUUCUUCAAUUUUUGAUAUUCCCAGCGAUCUAGACAAUAAUUCUUCAAAUGAGUCUGGCGAUGAAGUAACUCAGCCCACUGCUAAACAAUCUAAAAUAAAUGCGAAUUUUGUUUGUAAAAUAGAAAGCGAUACAAACAUGGAUAAAUUACCAACUACGUCCAAUAAUACAAACGACAAGCCGCCAAAUAACACAGAUUCUGAUUCGGAUAUUAUUUCAAUUUCUGAUUUAAUUGAAGAUUUAAAUUUGGAUUUUAAUCAACUACCGAUUACCUCUUGUGACGUAGAAACCCAUCCAGCAGACACACAAUCUAAUAUCGAUGCUAAUUUGCCAUAUGAUUUGAUAAGUGCCAUAAAUAUGGACUUUGUCAAUCCAGCUAACAGAACAUAUAUGUCAGCUGCCAAUUCAACACGAGGAACCGCCUACAAGAUUAGAAAGCCCCGGACGGUCAAGAGAAUCAUUAAGGCGCCAUCAAAGUCCAACAUUGGAAAGUUGUUGAGGGAAGCUGCCAAGAAGGAAAAUGCGGCUGCGGGAACGCAGAGACCGAAGAAGGCCACGUCGACGAUAACAUCUUCAGUUCAAAACUUUCCAAAUCCCAAUAAUUGGCCUGCAUGCCCAUUUCCGAUGCAGAACGGCACUAUGCCAGCAGAUGAACCCAAUGACUUAAUGCCAACGGUUUCGCAAAGUCUAACAGUGCCAGCUGCUCAAAAUCGUCCAAUACAAACAAUCGGAAAGAUUAUUAAGCCUCCUGUCAAGCGGACUUACACGAAGAGAGCCAAUAAGACCAAUAAUACAAAUAUACCAAAUAAAAAUAGUACUGGGGUCAUACAGUCUAAUGGAGUGGCACCUACAAUACGACAAGGACUUGUAGAGCCCGGCGGAACUAAUAUUCUGAUGCCAUGGAAUAGGCAGAUACCAAUGGUGUCUGUUGCUGAAAAUCCACGAGUACAAACAAUCGAUAAAAUAAUUGUGCCUCCACCCAAGCGUACUUACAAGAAGAGAGUCAAUAAGACCGUGAAUACAAAUCAGUCCUCCGAGAGUGCUGUAGGUGAUGGUGCUCCGAGUGCACCUAUACAAUCGAUCCCCAAGGUUAGGAAGCCCAGAGGUCCUGGAAAAAAAACUGCUAAGAUGGUACCCGGUCAGGAAUCUCAACAGGAUAUACCUUUAGGAGUUCCGCCAAAUGGAGAAGCUCCUCAAACCUCUUCCCAGGCACCUGUGCCUCGUGUCAAGCGGGCUUACAGGAAGAGAGCCAAUAAUACCAAUAAUACAAAUAUACUUAAUGUAAAUAGUACCGGGGUCAUGGAGUCUAAUGGAGGAGGACCUACAAUACCAAAUAGUCAGCAGAUUCCAAACGUUGCUGUUGUUCUGAAUUUACCUAUACAACCGAUCAAGCCCAAGGCUCCCAGAAAACCACGUGCUAAAAAAGUGUGCAACCAGCAACCGGGGACAGAUAUACCCUUUGGGGUAUCGGCACAAGGACAAACGGCUCAAAUCAAGCCGAAGCCUAAGCCAAGAGCUCCUAGGGUGCCCAAGGAACCUAAGGCGCCCAAGGAACCUAAGGCGCCCAAAGUACCGAAGGCACCAAGAGUACCGAAGGCACCAAGAGUACCGAAGGCACCAAGAGUACCGAAGGCACCAAGAGUACCAAAGCCACCUAAGGAACCAAAGCCACCUAAGGAACCAAAGCCACCUAAACAACCAAAGGCACCUAGGGUACCGAAGGAGCCGAAGCCGCCAAAGGUACCCAAGGAACCUAAAGCGCCUAGGGCACCCAGGGCACCCAGGGUACCAAAAGCUCCAAAGGAACCAAAAGUACCCAAGAUUCCGAAGAACCCCAGGGUACCGAAAGCACCAAGGCAACCGAAAGCGUCAAUGAAUAAAAUACAGAACACCGUAAAGGUACCGCUACCCAUUGAGCCCGUACCUCUAGAAACACCCACUUACAUAAAUCCUAUUAAUACGCCUGUACAAUCAACCGUUGGCGAGAUACUCGCACUAGGGUCGAUGCCACCCAUAUCGCCAAUUAAGUUCCCAGUACUAUUUGACGAACAUGCUGCUCAGCAUACCGUAGCAAACUCCAAUAUGCCACAAUCUUCUUUGCCAACGCUAGACAUUCCACAACUUCCAACAAGGAACAACAAACAGCCAUCGACGAAGAGCGCAGAAGACACAGAAAUAUUAGGACUUGGCAAAAACAAAAACGCUAUGAAGUCAGAUGGACGGAUUAAGCAAGGUCGCGUGUCAAAGCCUUCAUUACGUUUUUCACCAUCAAGCUCUUCAUUGCGCCCUGUAGUACGCUCUUUAUCAAGCUCAUCGUCAAGCUCUUCAUCCUGGUCAUCGUGUACGACCUGCUCCACCUGCUCGAGCUGCUCCACCUGCUCGAGCAGCUCCGACUCUUCACAAUCUUCACGAUCGCGUAACCGGAAACGUCGAUCUCCAAAAGUUCCAAUUCCCCACAAGCUAUUUGAAUCCAAUGGGGAAAUAAAUUUUCAGUUGGGCCAACCAACCCGCCUUGAAUCACCAUCACCUCCGCCACCCGUGCCCAUGCAAGCGUGUGGCACCUUUGAAGAGCAUUUGACAGAUUUGACAUUGGUGCGCGUUCAUGCUAUAUCGCCGUUAAGAAGCCCCACAUAUGAUUUCGAUUUCGACUUGCCAGAGCCCAUGUUGUCCGAGGAGUCAUCCAGUUCUUCGUCGGAGAGCAAUGAUGAAAGCAAUGUGAACUGUCAGAUGGCACCGAAUUCUCAAAAUGUUAGUAUGCACUUCUUAAAAGUUAUGGUUUUUUACAAUUGUUAUGUUUUAUUUCAACAGUUGGAGAAAAAACAUCAAAGCUUGUUUGAGGAGUCAUCCAGUUCUUCUUCGUCGGAGAGCAAUGAUGAGACCAAUGUGAACUGUCAGAUGACACCGAAUUCUCAAAAUCAGAAAAAACUUCAAAGUGCUCCCAUUAGAGAGCCCAGUCCAGAUCAACCCCCAGAAGCAGCUUCCAGAUCAUCCAAUGGAGGCACAAUUGGGCCUUGUAACCUAAAAGCUUUUAGGCGUGAUUUUAUGAUUUCAAAUGCCGAGAAUACUGGAUUUACUAACCCAAGUGAAUUAAAUUUGAAGAAAUGUGCCACUAAAGUAUGCACUCCAAUGGAAAGAAAUUCUGGUUCUCAAUUGCCUAUUCAGAAUCGCUUUAUAUUGCCCAAUUCAAAUAAAGAAGAAGGUAAGAUGAAUGUUGAACCAGUGAUGCCAAAGCACAAGCCAUCAAGGAUCCCAAUAAGAACCAAAACACCGAUAGCUUUGAAUUUAAUGAAAGAACCAGAGGAUAAUGCACGCAAACCAAAAAAUAUCCUUAAGCCUUUCUUUUCGAAUGCAGACGUAAACCCUUGUAGCUCUACAGAUUAUGAGCCGAACUUUAAACCGUGUGAAAGUCCUUUGCCAGCUAAGCAGAACGACUUUAAACUGAUAAAUAAGGACAAAAAGUCUUGGGUAUCACAUUACCAAGAACAAGAAUCGCAGGAGUUAAAGGAAAAUUCAUUCUUUUAUGCAAAGUUUAACUUACCUAAUAUUCCAAAGAAAUCAUUCAAAGAUUCCAAAGCUAAUGCUGAGCGACGUUGCACCAAAACAUUUGAAGAUGUACGCAAGGAAGCACAACAAUCGAGAUAUACUAAAGCGAUCAAUAAAAGGCAGAAUAAAAAGGCUAUGCUAGAGUCGGCUCUAGGAAAUGCUAUCACAGAAGAUCCAACUGUAAAUUGUAAUUUGGCCGAUAAUCCAAACGAUCAGGUGGAAAUGCCACGUAAUCCUGACAUUGUUGAACCAACUGUAAAACCUGUUAAAUUUAAAGCAUUCGUGAGCGCCAGCAUAAAACCUAAAUCUUCCAAAAAGCGUAAGUUGAUGAACAGUGCGUCCAACUCAAAGCUCUUCAAAUUUAAAAUUUUCGAAUCAGAAGUAAAUAAAGACGAAAACGAAGAAGAAGAUGUCAUACCCGACAAUCUAAUAAUACCAGUUAAACGUAAACAAAACAUUUCUGAGCUACUAGAUAUGCAGCCUAGUACUUCUAAAGCUGCUGCAACAAUAACUUCUCAACCAAAAAUUGCUCAAUUAAAGCGAAUGCCUUCGAAACUAUUGAACGAAAAAAUGAAAUCAUAUGCUAAAAAACGUUCAAAUGAUGAUGAAAAUAAGGAUACAAAAAAUACUGGAAUGCAUAUGCAUCGUUAUAAAAUUCCCAAGCUUUCCGCAAAUAAACCACAGAAUACAUCGACGACACAAUCUCCGACACGCGGAUUUUCACGAUUACCUGGAAUGUACCAGGAGCCAAACUUUCAGAAUGCUCAACACCCCUUCUCAACAAGGGGCUAUUAUCCCUAUCAAAGGGCCUAUCCACUGCAUCGCCCGACCAGUCAGUAUCAUAUGAACCAACCCCAACCAUUGAGAUUGCAUCAUUCCAUGUACGUUGAUGCGGAACCGUCAUUUGAAAGCGUUUUUCCAGCUCCACGAUACCAACCAUAUAACAUUAACCCGUCAAUGAGACACCAUUACUCCUAUCCCGGGGAGCCGUCUCCCAGUACAUAUCCAAUGGGUGGUAUUCCCUUUCAGAACAAUAACACGCUCUAUCCCCCGAUGAGGAAUGAUUUAUGCUACCCAAGGGGCCGUCUGAACUAUCCUGUAAGAAAUUUACCACCGAUGAACUCUCAAGGGACUUAUCCACCAAAUUAUCCACAGAAUUUUCUACCGAAUUAUCCACCCUCUCGUCAAUUUUUGCUUUCAAUGCAACGUCUAGCUGAUAUAAAUAAACAGAUCGCAUCGGGUUCGAUCGAAAGCGUUGGUGGUUUUAUUCAAAUGGCCUAUGCAGGUCGGAAAUACCGGACUCUUAAGGAUCUCAGGGAGCGAACAAUGCUAUCCAAAGACAGUUUGCGUAAGAUUUUCAAGUGCAUGUGCAAAAUUAAGCGUCCCAAGUGGCGUAUCAGCAAGUUUUAUUUGUAUGCCUAUUGGUGUGAAAUAUCGGGGAUCCCACAAAGUUCUGAAUUUGGAAAACCGUUGGAACUAAACGCUGCCUAUCGCAAGGUAAUUAGUUCCUAUGCCGAAAACAAGUUUCUACGCAUGGAGUCUUUAAUGGAGAAAACUGGGUUUGGGAAAAGCAAACUGAAGCGAGUUCUAAAGAUGAUCGGUAGAAAACGAUCCACGAAAUGGCGUCUGCUCAAUUAUAGGAAGCCACUUAUUCACUUGCACCGCAGUCAAGACAUGUAGUCUUAUUAUAUAAGACCUUUUACACUACAAGUUUAUGAAGAAUCUACAUUUACACAUACACAAUCGCCAGACUCAAUAAAAUGUAACACAAUUGC